UUUUUCACACGUGUCACUGAACCUGUAUUUUAAGUCUGCCUUUUGCCACAAAUUUGGGGCAGAUCCGCGUCCAGCCAUUGUCCACUAGGCUGCGCAGGGAGAAGCUCCAUUUUGUCUCUGUCGAUUUGCUCCCCUCCCCCACUCCCAACUAGUUUCUUUUCCUUCCUUGCAUUCAUUUGCAUGCUUUACAUUUAUAUUUUGGAUUCCGAAUAUUCGGUGUGCACAGGAUGUAGUGGAUGCAGGAUUUAGAAGAGGGGACUGGAAAAGUCACUUUAACAAAUUAAUGCAUUACGACUAUUUCAGUCCAGUCGUUAAGGGAGAAGCGCGAUACAGGACUCUGGGAUGCUGAGGGAAUUUUCUUGGGUGAGGAAUAAACUAAACUCUCCCGCCCGCAGUGCAGCCUCGGCGGGAGGAGGGCGGGACGCCAGGAGGGAAGACCCGGGAUGGCGCCGGAAGGGGUUUAGGGCCGGGAACUUGCUCCUCCUGCCGCGCCUCCUUGCCCGCCCCUAGCAGAGCAUCGUUGGGCGCCGGCUAAAGAGGGCUCGGCCUGAGCGCCACUGUCACAAACGGCGUCGCACCCCCGAGUGUCAGGGUUGCCCUGGGUCCCUGCUGAAGGUCUAUCCUGAAAAUUCUGUUUAAGUGAAUUUUCUGUUAGAAGAAAAUUUGUAGCUACUGUUUAGCAAGAUGAUUGCAACACCUUUGAAACAUCCAGGAAUUCACUUGUCUUCAGAGACGUCUUCUCCAAGGAGAAAUAUACCCAUGCAUGCAAUCUUUUUUGACAAUAUUCCUUCGGGCACACUUACUCCUGUAAAAGAUUUGGCAAGAUAUCAGAACUCCUCUUUAAAAUCGAAUGAUCACAAAAAGAAUCAGUUCCUAGAAAUGACAGUUUUUAAUAAUAAAAAUAUAUUUCAGUCUACCAUGCUAGCAGAGGCUACCACCUCUAACAAUUCUCUUGAUAUCAGUGCUAUAAAGCCCAAAAAGGAUGGAUUGAAAAAUAAAGCAAACUAUGAAUCACCAGGAAAAAUAUUUCAAAGAAUGAAAGAAAAAGUACUGCGUGACAAGCAAGAACAAGCAUCAAGAAACAAUUUGUUGGAGCCACCAAGGAGUGAAAGUAAUAACAUUUUCACUCGUAACGGAGCUGAGCAAAGAGUAUUGCGUCACACCUACAUCUGUGAAGAAAAGGAAAACAACAAAUCAUUCCAGUCAGACAACAGUUCGCUAACAGUCCAGGAAGCUCCUCUAGAAUCAUCAAAUAAUAUUUUCCAUCUGGUCAAGCAAAAGAUUCGAUGUCAGCAGAACAAGAAAGCACCUCUGCACAAUUUAACUUAUGAGCUUCCAAUUCUGAGUCAAGAACAUGAAAAUGUAUCAUCUGCAGGAGUGUCAAACAAGGCAUUAACUAGAGCUCAGUUGGCUAAACAAAUUCUUCACUCAAAAGAGAACGCAGCUGCAACCACUAAGACCAAAAAGGACACGUUUGUUUUAGAAGGCGCUGAUUCUGCCUACGAAAAAUCCCAAAAUACUGCUGUUGGUACUCUCAAUACCGACUGUGAUCCUAUUAAAAAUGGCAGUCAAGUAAUGGAUUCUGAUAGUAAGGUGACAACAGAAGGGACUUCACAGCAAGAAACUGAGGAAGGAAAUGAGAAAACAACGCCCAAAGAGACUGAUCUUCCAGGUUCUGUGAAUGAUACAUGUAAAAUUGUGCUUGCCACUCCAAAAUUUCAUAUAACAAUACCUCAGAGAUCAACAAGAAAUGCUUCAAAGCUUUCUCCACCAAAUCUACUUCAAACUAUUACAAAUGGAGUUAAAAAAAAUAAGGUAAUCCAGCUACAGGAAUGGAUGAUUAAAAUCAUCAAUGAUAACACUGCUGUAUGUGUAGAAGGAAAACUGAUAGACAUCACUGACAUAUAUUGGCACAGUAAUGCAAUUAUAGAACGGAUUAAGCACAACAAACUGAGGACUUUAUCAGGCAACAUUUAUAUAUUAAAAGGAAUGAUAGACCGCAUUUCCAUGAAAGAAGCAGGAUAUCCAAAUUAUCUCAUAAGGAAGUUUAUGUUUGGAUUUCCAGAAAAAUGGAAAGAGUACAUUGGUAAUUUUCUAGAACAAUUAAGGGCUUGUGAAAAGAAAGAGGGAAAGACCAGACAAAAACAGAAAAUGAAAAGAUUUGUCCCUAACACACAAAAAUCAGUGAAAAAUGAUGCAGGAGAAAGCCAAAAAGAUGUUCUCCAAAGAACCAGCACCACUUACGACCUCGACUGUCAUCAGGGGGAACUGAAGAAUAGUAAGCACGGUAGGUUGCCAGGAGCUACAGAAUUAAAUGUUUGCCAUAGUAAUCACCAAAAUCAACCACCACUAAGGCUCCCAGAUGACCAAAUAAGUACUACUAUUCAGAAUGGAGGAGGACGUGGCUUCCUGACCGAGGAAUUAAUUGGAGAAAAGGAACAUAAAAAGUCUACAAAGAAACUCAAAAAUUGUGAAAGAAAAACAAAUGAAAGAAUAACUAGAAGUCAGAAUCAAGAGAGAACUGAAGAAUUGAAUGUAUCCGUUGAUAUUCUAACAUCAAGGAAACAGUUUUCCUCAGACAAAGAAAGAAAAUAUAUGGCUGUUAAUCACAAGGAAGCUUAUAUUUUAGUCACACCACUUAACUCUAAAAAAAUGAUAGAACGAAAAUGCAUGAAGUAUAAUCUCUCCUGUGGAACUAUUAAGGCACUAACCGAUUUUGCAGUGCCAAAGCAUCAAAAAGAAAGUGAAUCAGACUUAAAUGAAACUACAAGUUCUAUCAGUAAGCCCACAAAGACAUUAGAAAAUGCAUUUGAGUGUAGUGUGGGUCAUAAAGGUGAAAACAAGGAUGAUCGCAGUGAAUGUGAUUUACUCACAGGCAACCAGAAAAUAAAAAUAACUCGUCCUAAAAAGGAGCAGAUGGUCGCCUCUGAUGUUAAGAAAAAUACAAAGUUAUCAAAAUUGAAUGAAAUAGAAAAUCAAGUAACUAUGUCAUUUUGCAACCAUCGGUCUUCAUCCGAUUUGUCUAGUGAAGAGAGUGAAACAGAAAAGGAAAUUAGAAGGAAAGCUGGAGCUGUUAAGAAAACCAGAGCAAGAAAUACCAGAGAAACAGUAGUUCACCUGAGAAAAAGCACGAGAAACACCACAAGGAAAAUGCCAGUGAUUUCUGAAUCUGAAAUUGAAGAAAGUGAAAAUGAAUUUCAUAUCAAGCAAAAGAAAGCUAGAUGUUCUGCUAAAGAAAAUCUUCAGAAAUCCCAUAUUAGGAAGGAGUUUCCAAUUAUUGAGGCGAUGGGAUCUGAUAAGACCAACAGGCAUUCCUUAGAACGUUUACCUGGUUUAACUCAAGAUGGAGAAUGGAAUGAGAAGGAAUUACAGAAGCUUCAUUGUGCUUUUGCAUCUCUUCCAAAGCACAAACCUGGUUUCUGGUCAGAUGUAGCUAUGGCUGUAGGUUCUCGAUCUGCUGAAGAAUGCCAGAAGAAAUACAUGGAAGAUCCCCGAGGAAAAGGAUCCCAGAAGCAUGUCACUAAGGAAAAGCCAGUCAAUCCCAAAGGCCAAAAUGGCAAGAUAGGUGAUGCUGAGAAGAAACAAACGAUUAAGAUAACUGCCAAAGUGGGAACUCUUAAAAGGAAGCAGCAGAUGAGGGAUUUUCUGGAACAAUUGCCAAAGGAUGACCAUGAUGAUUUUUUCAGUACAACACCUUUGCAGAAUCACAGAGUACUGUUGCCAAGUUUCCAGGACAGUCAAGAAGAGGAUGAUAUUCUGCCAGAUAUGGACAGAAACCCAACAACUCCAUCGUCAGUUAUCUUUCCGUUGACAAAAACUCCUCAGGGUCAGCAUGUCAGUCCUGGCAUGCUGGCCUCUAUAAAUAGGAAUGAAUGUGAUAAAUAUGUUUUCCAUAUGCAAAAAAACCAUAAAAGUAAAGGUGGCAUUGUCUGGGGCAAUAUCAAGAAAAAAACGGUUGAAACUGAUUUUGCAACUCCAACAUCAAGAAGAAAAGCCCCGUUUAACAAAGAAUUAGCAGAAAACUCUGGUAUUGGAAAACUUUUCACUAAUGCUAUGGAGUCUUUAGAUGAAGAAGAGAAAGACUAUUAUUUUUCAAACUCUGAUUCUGCAUAGUAAAAAUGAGAAAAUAUUUCCAAGAUUUUUAUCAAGAAGCGGACAGUGUAUUUAUAUCUUCAUUUGAAGUACAUGUAUUUUCUUUAUAAUAGCUUCAUAUUCAACUGUGGACUCCUUUUCCAAGGUUUCAUGUUUUUGUAUUCAAAGUAAAAUAUCCUUCUAUAAAAUAUUCCUCAUUGCUGCAGCUUACUAAAAAUAUAAGGAAAAUUGUUUUGUUUGUGUAGAUAUUUGUAAAUUUCUGGUUUGCAAUGUUAAAAAAUAUAUAUAGAUAAGUCUCUCAUAAGCAUCUAAGUCUUAUUACUUUAAGAAAAUCAUGUUCCAAAAUGACUUUUUAAGAGCUUUCAAGAAAAUGUUGCUAUCCUUAAGGGGGAACGUGGGGGAAAAUAAAAGGUAGAUUGUACUGGUGGCUAGUGAAUUCAUGAAAACUUUAAGUUAGCAUUUGUCACCACUUGGUAUACAAGCCAGAGUUGAUCUAAUGUUUAAAUUACAUGUUGCUGAAACUAUUUCACACGCUAUUUUUCUUAAAACUUUUGAUUGGCAUAUCUAUGAAACCUAUGUAAAUUUAACAUUGCUUUUUCAGUAUUUUAUUAGGUCGAAUCAGAGAACAGAUUUUGUUGCAUUCUUAAAAGCCUUAUUUACAUAUGCAGACAUAGAUUAAGUUUUUAUCUCAAUAUUAAAAAGACUGGAUUAGAUAAACAUCAGGUGAUCUACCAGUGUAAGGAGACAAGUUACUAUGUCAUAGUACACAUUGUUUUCCUUUUAGACAGAUGGUUUCUUUAGAAAUAAACUUCUUUUAGCUUAUUCUGCCAUUAUGUUUUAAAAUUAUGUUGACAUAGAAUAUUUUCCAUCUGGUUACAGUACAUACUGACCUUUGUCUCUAGUUAGGUUGUUCAAAUAAAGUUAGUGUACUUUUAUAGUA